GUAUUUCUACCAGCUGUUUUGCGCGUUGUGCCAAGCGGCAUUUCAUUUAUUUUUGUUUAUAUUUUAAAAAAGCGCUGCACAAUGUUUAAUAAACUUAAACCAGGCGAAAGUGAAGAGGAUGUGCUGCGCAUGGCUGCAGAGUUUAAUGCCGAGCGCCAGAAGAACCCAAAUUUCCAGCCAGCAGCAACAGUUGUUCGAGUGGAAAAACCUGUGGGAAAAUCAUUGUUUGCACAAAAGCGAGAGCUAAACAAACUUAAUAAUAAAAGCAGUUUAAGUGAUGUCAAGUCAAAUACAGAGCAACAAAAUGUCCGAGAAGCAACAGUUGAUGCCGGGAAGCAGAAAUUUUUGCUCGAUGAAAUACAUGAAAAUAUGUUAGGAGACAUUCGUGGCACCAAAAUUAAUCACAAUCUGAUAGACAAUGUUCUUGGCGAAAUUGUGGAGCGAAAAGAGGGUGGGAUACGUCCACCAAUUGAAUUCCAGCAGCCGAAGCAAGAGAGCGGCAAAAGUCUUUUUGCUCGAAAGUUUAUGGCAAAGGAAUCUGCUGGAAAUACAAAUAGUCCCCCAAAACCACCAGCGAUUGACAAUCCAAGUGAGACAACCGCUGGCUACAGCGCUAUAGUCCAGGAUCCAAAACUUACUCAGGAAAUCCACGCGGAAAACUUGAAUCUACUCAAUCAAAUGCGUGAAGAAGACAUUUUGGCGGAGCAGCAAAAGUUGCUGAAUUCUUUGGAUCCGGCGCUGAUAAAGCUUCUUGCGCAAAAACGUGAAAAACAAAAGAAUCGAUUAGCUACUCCGAAGACUCCUAAAGUCGAACUUAUUGAGCCACAAGAGCUGCCAACGUCGAGUAAUGAAGCCCUAUCUGAAGAUAAUCCUGCACAGCAGCUUCUACAACAAAGUGAUGAAGGAAAUUGGCUUAAUUUUAAUUUAAUUGAAGAGCACAAGCUCGCAUGGAUGCGUGAUAUACCCGCCAAGAUGGCCCAGCUUAAGCCAGGAGAACAGUUCAAUGCACGCUUCGAUUGGAAAGGUGUGUUGUUGCCACACAACACAGAGGAAAUGCCACAAAAUGUGGACGAACGUGAAUUAUACUUACAUGGGGAGGAACCCGAUCGACCAGGAUAUUCACUGCAAGAACUCUUUCGCUUGGCGCGUUCAACAGUGUUGCAGCAACGUAUUUCAGCUUUUGGUUCCAUCGCUGGUAUCUUGAGCAUCUACAAUCAGGGUUUCUAUGAUCAGGUUUUAUCGCUACCAGUUUCCAAAAUAUUCUUUCUGCUGCGUUUUGGAUUAGAUGACAAUGCACCUGCUCAGCUGGAGGUUGUGAGCCGAGCACUGGCUCGUCUUUUCUACAACGAAACGGAUGAAGUGCUGCUGGAUCACAUAUAUGAGAAUGCCUAUUGUCAUUGGCAGCCAACGCUGCAGGUAUUGGUAGACAACGAUGAGAGUGGAGAUUCCACAUCCUUUGCCUUCUUGCAACGUUACAUGGCACUAUUGCGCACGAAUUCAAAAGCUUUUAAUGCAGAUGUGGAGGAGGAGACGGAUACUCGCCUGUCAAUGGAUGAUUUUCAGUUGGCUGAAACAGAUUUAAUGAGCUGCUUGCUGCGCACAAAUAUUUUACAGCGUAUCUGUUUUAUAUUGCGCUCAGUGAAGCCUGAAAAUAGCACUGUCGAAUCCUGUUUAAAGGUGCUCAUACGUAUAGCUCGCACUAAUGUGCAAACAGCCAAGCAAGUCGUAGAAGAACACGAUCUUAUAAACGUGAUACUUACUAACUUUUUGCCUCAAAUAACGCCAGCAAGUGCAACCAGCACUUUAUUCUAUGGACAACCUCAGUAUCUGGCCCUCAAAUUAAUUCGCGUGCUGAUUUGCCAGCACUUGGACAUUGCCAAACAAUUGGCAACGGAAACGUUCAUCGAAAGCUUGAAACACUUUUUAUUUUAUCGUGAUGACAUUAAGGGUAAAUUAAUACGCGUUCAAAUUGAGGCGUUGCGCAUCGUACGUUGUCUGCUGUUAUUGGGAGUUCUGGAUCGAGACUUGUUCAAGCAAUUGUUGCCGGCGCUCAGGCAGAUGCUCGACUGGCACUAUAAUCAUUGCGUUUUCGAUGUGGGCGGUCCGGCAUUGAUUCGUCAGCACGCAGCUGCCCUGCUUGUUGCCAUUGUGGCCAGCGGCGAGAGCGGCGUUUGCGACAUUGAGGCACAGAAGCUGUUGCUGGAGCCAUUGCAUAACUGCUGCUGCAGCUGGACGCACAGGGCGACGCGUGCCAAUGCCCUAAAGGAUUACACACAGUUGACGCUGCUAAGUGCUGUGCUCUAUGCUGUUAACUGGUUUGCCCGACAUGGUUAUCUAGGUGCGACAUCCUUUCGACAGUUUCUGCAUAAUAUUCUGCCGGAUUUUGUGAGAUCUGCAGGCUUUAUUGCCUGCGUGCAGCAGCUGACCCGCGGGUCUAUAAUUUUACGUCGCUUCAGCGAUCGACGCAAUUCGCAUGCUCCGUUGCCAAAUGUGGGCGCUGUCUUAAUGCACGACUUGGGGCCACAGUUGGUCGUCAGCGAUACGUAUCCGGUGCAGUUGUUAAGUAACCUCUGGGCAUUUGUCGAGACUCCGCUAGAGGAUGGUCAAAAACAGCUGCUGCAGGCUCUUAUGCAGCCUGCUGUGCUGGAGCCGUUGGGUGAAUACCUGAAGGAGUUGAGUCAGCAUUUGAAUCGCUUCCUGGCCAGCAAUUUUUUUGCUCGCAGCGAACUAAAAUUGGUGCAUCAACUACUCAGUACUGAUGGCAUUGAAACAUAUCUAACGAAUACGCAGCUACUGCAGCUUGUCUAUAGCUAUCUGUGCUGUUUGUCGACUGCUCAAGCCAGGCAAAUGAAGAGCAUAUUUGAGAGGUACAUCUUCAGUGACAAGUACGUUCAGUUGGAUGAAAAGUCUUUGGAGCUGCUGCAAACUUCCUGCAUGGAAAUUGUGUACACGCACUUUAUAGCAGACAACAAAGAACCCAAUUUGACAUUGUGCUACACUCAGGCACCAGUUUUGCCGUCAGAUUGGCCUUAUUUUCAACUGCGUCUUAUACUCAACAACUACUUGCAAAAUGUGCAACAGCAUCCGGCUGUCAUCUACUCAGAGAAUCAAGUAGUACGCAUGACCUUGACGUUUGUGGAGCAGCUGGAGCAGCAGGGACUGCAAAUUGUCUCACCACUGGAGAAGCUUAUGUACUUGAUGAUAUCUUUCAUGGGUCCCGACAGUCAGUUCUUGGAUCCGGAGUUGCACAAGCUCUUGCAUGGUCAACUGCUUCAGUUUUACGCUCAAAACGCAACACACACUUUCAAUUUUGAGGCCACGCACGAGGACAAGGGCAACUUUGAGCCGCUUUACUAUCUGUUUGUUAAUCACUUUGAAGCAGCCAGCUAUGGUGACGAGCUCUUCAGUUCCCUGGUGUUGCUCCCAUUGGCCCAGAAGUACGAUAACAAGUGGCGGCGACGUAUUUGGUCAGAGCACGUCCAGGCAAUGCGUUUCUUGAACUGCGACGAGAGUUUGUUGAUUGGCGGUCUGGCUGCCUAUCUAGAGCCCGUAGAGCAGGAGCCAUCGCUGGUGCAGCUUUACGGCGAUGCAUUGCAGCAAAAGCUAGUGCGACCUGGCAGCAUUGCUCACAAGAUUGCGCGACAUCAUUUUAACAACUCGACGGCAAUUAAAAAGACAACAUCAUUUUGAAAACAUGAAGAUUGGAGUUUGUGCUUGUGAUAUCACUUGUAAUUAAGUCAAAAUAAAUAUGUUUA